AUUAUCAGAUUUAAGAAAUUUGAUUAGGGUUAUUAAUGUACGAAUAACAUUCUGAUAAGCGAUUAAAGCUUAUCAAUAUAAUAUAGGAAUAUUAUAAUCGAUGAAAUUUCAUAUAACUGACAACGGAUUUGAACAUGUCGAAUACACGUCCAAAAUGAUAAAUAUUUAUAAUUGCUAUUUAAAUUUUAUAGCGGGCGAACUCUACUUACUAAAGAGAUAAAGUGUAAUCAACGAAAACUGCCUUAUAGUUAGAACUAAACUAAUCAAUAAUUACUUAUUUAUUAACUCAAUUCAAGGAGAACUAUGUUGGGUAAAAUACAAACAAUUUUUAUCUUGUAUGUGAAUGCAAAAUACACAUUUUAAAUUCAGAGAAAAAAACGAUUAUUGGAUAUCAUAAACAAAAUAAAUUAGCGAUAAUGAGUUUUAUAAAGCGUAACAUCCUCUUGCGUUCAGUUGAAACAAAUCAGUUGCAGCAACACAAUAACAUGUCUAAAAUUUUGAGUUUUUUGAGUGUUAUUUAUAUUUUAGCAGUAUCAAGUGAUGCAACCACGUUUGAGAAAAAUGGAAUCACAUAUCACAUGAAAUAUGAUAUGAGUGGUUACUACAGUCUUUCAACACACGGAAUGCAUGUUCUGACGCCUGGAUUGAUCGCUGACAUAGAAAACAUCGAGUGGAUGGAAAUAGAUCAGCAGAAUCUUACUGAUGUCGAGCCUGGAACAUUUCGGAAUUUACCAAAGUUAAGAAGGUUGAAGAUUACUGCAAACAAUAUACCGCAUAUCAAGACAGGAAUUUUCAACUCUUUAUCUAAUUUGACUAACCUGGAACUGUACGUCAAUAGUGUGUAUCAAAUAGACCCCAACGCUUUCGACAAUAUGACAACUUUGAAAUACAUAGGUUUGUCGUUUAAUCAACUUGAAAGUGUGGAUCCUCAUUGGUUUCUGCAGACCCCUUCUUUAGAAUUUAUUGAUCUUAGAUACAACAGACUAACGAAAUUACCUGCCAGCAGUUUUGGUAAUAUCAAGUCUCCAGGACCUUUCAUUUUAUGGUUUGAUGGUAACUAUAUUACAAGAAUUGAUAAAGAUGCAUUUAGCGGAAUGAAGACAAUAUCAACACUAUCACUGGAUGGAAAUAAAUUAAAAACGAUGACUGGAGACUUCUUGCUUGGUCGGGAGAUAGACUGGUUAUCAUUUAGAGCCAAUAAAAUCGAAUGUAUAGAUCAGAGACAUUUUGCUACGGUCUUUGUGGCCAACUAUACGAAAAUUUGGUCCAACUCUUGGCAUAUGGAGUGUCUUAAAAAAAUUAAAACUUUGGCCAAAGAAAAUCACAAAAAUGUACUAUAUGAUCCAUAUUGAAAAAUGUAUUGGAAACAUGUUAACUAUAGAAAUUUUAAUAAAAUACUUCUGACAAUG